AUGACAGGCGGUUCGUCUGGUAUCGGUCUUGCCACCACAAAUUUGCUUCUUGACCACGGCGCUAUUGUCGUAUCCGGCGAUAUCCACGAAUGUCCACUGAAGCACAAGAAUCUGGCAAGCCACAUCGCGAACGUCGUAGACUGGAGCUCGUUAUCGGCUCUGUUCGACAAAGCUAAAGACCAACAUGGAAGGAUAGACCAUGUAUUCGCGAACGCUGGAAUAUCAGGCCGUGCAGACUAUGUCAAUCCUCGUCUCAAUGAGCAAGGCAAACUUCUGGAACCCGAUCACACCACUCUAGACACCAACCUGAAAGCCGUUAUCAAUACAGCCUACCUCGCAAUCCAUCACUUCAAGUCCCAAUCGCCACCAACAGGAAGCAUCGUAUGCACAGCCUCCAUAGCAGCUGUCCAACACUUCCGGGCAGUCGACUACGCAGCAGCUAAACACGGCGUCUUAGGCCUAGUCCGCGGUCUUAUACCCGCGUUAGCUGCCGACAGUGUUCCUGUUCGUGUCAAUGCUAUUGCACCACACUGGACGACUUCUGGUAUGGUACCGGCAGCAUUGCUAGACGCGAUAGGACAGGCUAGCCAAGGCCCAGAGGCAGUGGCGAGAGCAGUGGCGUUGCUCAUGGCUGAUGAGAGCAGGCAGGGACAGCUGGUCAUGUCGCGAGAGGGAAAGCAUUUCGAGAUAGGUCAGAGGCUGAACGAAGUCACGGAUGAGCUGACAGGAACGGCCGAGGAGCUGAACGGCACUACAGAGAAACUUGUAGCAUUCGCAAGGCAGCACGGCCAAGCUUCUUGA